CAUAUCUAAGCUAAGACCCGAUUAGAGUGACCCAACAACAAUUAUUUCACUCUCAAUCAUAUAUAAACCCCUCUUUUCUAAACCCCUAAUCCUAAAACCCUAUUCACCCACGCAGAAAGCUUCACCUCUGCAUUCCCGCCGGCGGCGAGAGAGAGCAAGAUGAAAACCAUCCUCUCUUCCGAAACAAUGGACAUUCCCGACGGAGUAAGCAUCAAAAUCCAUGCCAAACUCAUCGAGGUUGAAGGUCCACGAGGCAAAUUGGUGCGAGAUUUCAAGCAUUUGAAUCUCGAUUUUCAGCUAAUUACAGAUGAAGAGGGGAAGAAGAAGCUAAAGGUUGAAGCUUGGUUUGGAUCUAGGAAAACCUCUGCUGCUAUUCGAACUGCUCUUAGUCAUGUUGAUAAUCUCAUCACUGGUGUUACUAAGGGUUACCGUUACAAGAUGCGUUUUGUAUAUGCACAUUUUCCCAUCAAUGCUAGUAUUACGAAUACCAAUUCUGCUAUUGAGAUUCGUAACUUCCUUGGUGAAAAAAAGGUGAGAAAAGUUGAAAUGCUUAACGGAGUCACUAUCCUUCGAUCUGAAAAGGUGAAGGAUGAGUUGAUUUUGGACGGAAAUGACAUUGAGCUUGUCUCCAGAUCUUGUGCCCUUAUUAACCAGAAAUGUCAUGUUAAGAAGAAAGAUAUCCGGAAGUUCCUUGAUGGUAUCUAUGUUAGCGAGAGGGGAACCAUUGCUGAAGAAUAGAUUGUCGGCAAAUAGGAACAUUAAUCCACAAUUUUUUGUCGCCAACGAUAUCUUUCUGAAAGAUUUUAAUUGAAAAUUUUAAUUGCUAUUGAUACAUACAUUAUGGAAUAUUCUUUUUGAUUUGCUGUUAUCACUUAUUUAAGAACUGUGUACCCCAUCAGAACUGCUUGUCUGCAAAACUUUGUAGAACAGGUUGUCACACGCCCAAUACUUGUCAUCUACAUUUUGCAAUAUAAAAUUAUUUUAGUUCAAAGAUGUUAUGACAAGCCAUACAAAUAAUUGCCACCUCUUUUUCCAGUCAUCUACUUUACCUUCAGAAAUUGAAGAAACUUUGAUCCUGCUCAGCUCUUAACUGCUUAUUGAGAUUUGAGAUUGUCUUAAUGCAUAUAUUCAUAUGAUUUAUCUGCAUUGAGAAUUUAAGAUUGAUGUAACGUGAAAACAUGAGUUGUAAAAUUGUUGAUUUAAUCAUGUAGAAUUUAUUUUC